GUUGUAACGUCACAUCCUCAGCAACCGUUCGCAUUUCGCGCAACUGAAGUAUCAGCUCUGAUCAGAGAGAGAUCCACACAGAGCAACCAUGGCCCACCAAUCGAUGGACAUCCUGUCAAAGGUUCUGGAGCAGACCGCCAUGUUGGUGGAGGAGAAGUUGGAUGCACAGAUUAGCAAACUGAAUGAAAUUGAUGAAGAUGAUUUGGAGAGGCUGAAGGAGAGGCGGUUAGAGGCGCUUAAGAAAGCCCAGAAACAGAAGCAGGAGUGGUUGAAUAAAGGCCACGGAGAGUACAGAGAGAUCUCCAGUGAGAAAGACUUUUUCGGCGAGGUCAAAGACAGCAAGAACGUCGUCUGCCACUUCUACAAAGGCUCCACCUUCAGGUGUAAGAUCCUCGACAAACACUUGACCAUCUUGGCAAAGAAGCACGUUGAGACCAAAUUCAUCACACUGAACGUGGAUAAGGCCCCGUUUCUGACAGACAGGCUGCGGAUCAAAGUUAUUCCCACGAUGUGCCUGCUUAUUGACGGAAAAACAAAGGACUAUGUGGUGGGAUUCACCGACCUGGGAAACACUGACGAGUUUUCCACAGAGAUGCUGGAAUGGAGACUCGGCUGUGCGGAUGUGAUCAACUACAGUGGUAACCUGAUGGAGCCUCCUACAGGACCAGUGAGGUCGGGCACUAAGUUCACAAAGGUGGACAAGAAAACCAUCCGAGGGCGAACCUACGACUCAGACUCAGAUUCUGAUAACUGAAAAGCUCCGACUAUCAUCCUGUUUCUCUCUUAAUAAAUAUUCUGCUUUCACUUUUCCUGUCCUUUCCGUGACUUUACCUUUUAUUCAGGUUUUGCAUAUUUUUACUUCUAUCCUGUCUUUUUGUUUUCAUAAAAUCCUUUGUUUCAGCUUUUUUUAACGAAUUGCCUUCCAUGUUUGAAUAAUAUCAAAAUGACAAACAUGGAAACUUCCAGCUGAUACAGAAAGCUUCACUGAACCAACCAUUGAUCCAAUAUCUCCCACGUGUUGGUGUUGAUUUUCUCAGUGACUGAAACCUUGAAGCUUCAUGAAUUGCAGGCGUUCUGAUUCUCUCCUGUGUUUCCUUGUUCCUCUGUGAGUCUGACGUUAGAAUGGAAAACAUGAUGCAGAAUUACCUAGAUAAUUAAAAGCAUCAGAAAACAUUUGUACACAUUUUCUUGUAGCAGGAGUUCGACUUGACUAAUGCAGAAUGAAUGCGGAAUUAAAAAUGAUUUAAAAAUG